AUGGUAGCUGAACUCAUUGACGGUAAAGCUAUUGCUUUAGAUCUCCGCACUAAAAUCCAUGAUGAGAUCGAACAAUUUCAAUCUAAACACCAAGACUUCAAACCCCACUUAAGUAUCAUUCAAGUAGGUGAACGUCCUGAUUCUACCACUUAUGUCAAAAUGAAAUUGAAAGCUGCUGAAGAAGCCAAUAUUGGUUGUGAAAUCAUUAAAUUACCUGAAGAUAUCUCCGAAUUUGAAUUGUUGAGUCAAGUUGAAAAAUUGAACAAUUCUUUGGACGUCGACGGUGUCUUGGUCCAAUUACCAUUACCUAAACAUAUCGAUGAAGUUAAAGUCACCAAUGCUGUUUUGGCCGACAAAGACGUUGAUGGAUUUGGUCCAUUCAAUGUUGGUGAAUUGGCCAAGAAAGGUGGUGAACCAUUGUUUUUGCCAUGUACUCCAAUGGGUAUUAUGUACUUGUUGGAAAAAUCCAAUGUUGACAUUGAAGGUAAAAACGCUGUUGUCUUAGGUAGAUCCGAUAUUGUUGGUAAACCAAUUGCUAACUUGUUGACUAAAGCUAAUGCUAACGUUACUGUUGUUCAUUCCAAAACACCAUUGGACAAAAUCCAAAAAUACCUUGCCGAUGCUGAUAUCGUCGUUGCCGCAAUUGGCCAACCUGCUUUUGUUAAAGGUGAAUGGUUGAAAGAAGGUUCUGUUGUCAUUGAUGUUGGAACUAACUUUAUCCCAGAUGCCACUAAGAAAUCCGGUCAACGUAUGAUUGGUGAUGUCGAAUUCGAUGUCGCUAAAGAAAAAGUUGCUUUGAUCACCCCAGUUCCAGGUGGUGUUGGCCCAAUGACUGUUGCUUGUUUGUUGGAUAACGCUGUCACUGCUGCUAAAAGACACUACCAAGCCAACAACCAAACUCCAAAAUUCACCAACCCUUUAAAAUUAAACUUGCAAAACCCAGUCCCUUCCGACUUUGAAAUUUCUCGUGCUCAACAACCAAAAAGAAUCACCCAAGUCGCUGAAGAAGCUGGUAUUUUGGACUCUGAAUUGGAACCAUUUGGAUUCUACAAAGCUAAAGUUUCCUUGGAUAUCUUGAAACGUUUGCAAAACAAAGAAAACGGUAAAUAUGUUUUGGUUACUGGUAUCACACCAACUCCAUUGGGUGAAGGUAAAUCCACCACCACUGUUGGUUUGGCUCAAGCUUUGGGUGCUCAUUUGAACAAGAAUGUUUUUGCUAAUGUUAGACAACCUUCUAUGGGUCCAACUUUCGGUAUCAAGGGUGGUGCCGCAGGGGGUGGUUACUCUCAAGUUAUUCCUAUGGAUGAAUUCAACAUGCAUGUUACUGGUGAUAUUCAUGCUAUUACCAUGGCUAACAAUUUAUUGGCUGCUGCCAUCGACACCAGAAUGUUCCAUGAAAGCACCCAAAAGGACGGUCCAUUAUACAAGAGAUUGGUUCCAGAAAAGAAAGGUGUUAGAAAAUUCACUCCUUCUAUGUUGAGAAGAUUGAAGAAAUUGGGUAUUGAAAAAACGAAUCCUAACGAAUUAACUCCUGAAGAAGUUACCCAAUUUGCCAGAUUGGAUAUCGACCCAGAAUCCAUUACCUGGAGAAGAGUUGUUGACUGUAACGAUAGAUUCUUGAGAGGUAUCACUGUUGGUCAAGCCCCAACCGAAAAGGGAUUCACCAGAGCAACUGGUUUUGAUAUCACCGUUGCUUCUGAAUGUAUGGCCAUCUUAGCCUUGGCCAACUCCUUGGAAGAUAUGAGAGAAAGAUUAGGUAGAAUGGUCAUUGGUUCCUCUAAAGCUGGUGUUCCAAUUACUUGUGAAGAUAUCGGAUGUGCUGGUGCUUUAACUGCCUUGUUGAAGGAUGCCAUUAAGCCAAACAUCAUGCAAACCUUGGAAGGUACUCCAGUUUUCGUUCAUGCUGGUCCAUUUGCCAACAUCUCUAUUGGUGCCUCAUCUAUUUUGGCUGAUAAGAUGGCUUUGAAAUUAGCUGGUACUUCACCAGACUUGUCUCCUGAAGAAAAGAAAGAACAAGAAGGUUAUGUUGUCACUGAAGCCGGGUUCGACUUCACUAUGGGUGGUGAAAGAUUCAUCAACAUUAAAUGUAGAUCUUCUGGAUUGGUUCCAGAUGUCAUUGUUAUUGUUGCUACUGUACGUGCUUUGAAAGUACACGGUGGUGGUCCAGAAGUCAAGGCCGGUGCACCAUUGGCUCCAGAAUACACUCAAGAAAAUGUUGAAUUAUUAAGAGCUGGUUGCUCAAACUUGGCCAAACAUAUCUCCAACGCCAAGAGCUAUGGUUUACCAGUUGUUGUUGCCAUUAACAAGAUGUCCUCUGAUUCCGAUAAGGAGCAUGAAGUUAUCAAAGAAGAAGCUUUGAAAGCUGGUGCUGUUGAUGCCAUUGUUUCCAACCAUUGGGAAGAAGGUGGUAAAGGUGCCAUUGAUUUGGCUAAAGGUGUUAUGGAAGCUGCCAAUUCUCCAGAAAGAGAUUUCCGUUUCUUGUAUGGAUUGGAACCAUCUAUUGAAGACAAGAUUUCCACCAUUGCUACUGAAAUGUAUGGUGCCGCUGAAGUUGAGUUCUUACCAGAAGCACAAAAGAAAAUCGAUCUUUAUACCAAACAAGGUUUCGGCAAGUUGCCAAUCUGUAUUGCUAAAACUCAAUACUCCUUAUCUCAUGAUGCUACUUUGAACGGUGUUCCAACUGGUUUCAAAUUCCCAAUUCGUGAUGUCAGAGCUUCUAUUGGUGCAGGAUACUUGUAUGCUUUGGCUGCCGAAAUCCAAACUAUUCCUGGAUUACCAACCCAUUGUGGUUUCAUGAAUGUUGAAGUUAAUGAAGAUGGUGAAAUUGAUGGUUUGUUCUAG